AUGGUGGCAGCCUUAGGCACUGCAGAUUCAUCCUAUUUGAGAAUGGGUUCGCUGAGUGGGGUGGGACAUUUGCAGUCAUUGACUGGUGCUCAACAUUUUCAUAACAACACUUUCAGACCCUUUGGACCUGGUGGGAUGACUGGUAGAUUGAACACUUCUGUUGGUGUGAAUGUACAUGGGUUGCUUUCUUCAGAAAAUCUUCAGUUGGGUCAUGCACAAAAUUUACACAACUCUAUACAUGAUACACUUAAGUUCCAACCAACCAUAACUCGUGGCAAUCAGAAUGGUAUUCAGGGUAUAAUGUCUACAGGUCUUGAUCAAUUCCAACAUGAUCAGGGUGUUAGUCCCAUUCAAAACGUUUCACCUCUUAUUGAUGUUCAACCAAGUUUUUCCAUGCCAAAUAAAUUCCCAGAUCUGAUACCAAAAUCAAGAAUGGAUUGUUCACCCUCUCCAGUUUUGGACAUCUCAAAUAAUGCUUUGGUGUUGAAAGCUGAUAAGGAAAACACACAAGGGAGUGGAAUAAUAUUUGGUCAAACUUCAUUACCCUCUCAGCAUUCACAAUUCUCAUUCCCUUUGCUGGAUCAGGGUAGGUGUAGCGAUAUUUGGUCCAAUUUUGUUCAGUCAUCUGGGACAAAUUCUUACCCUCCAAGUGAAACUUUUCAAGGGAGGAAUCUGAGUGGUGCUUCAUCCAUUAUUUCACUGUCUAACCAAGCCCAUGAUUCACUAAAAGAUAUGCACUCUGAAGGAGUAUUUUUUCCAAAUAAUUCUGGACAAAUUACUAAUAACGUGGUGUCAUUACAAGCAUUACAAGGGUGGGAUGACAAUAACGAUGAUAUUACUUUCCAUUCAAAUAUUUUUGGUAACUCAAUAGACCCUCUGAUUGAUACAGAUGUUCAUACUUCUAUUAACUCAACCUACAAUAGAAACACAGAUUUCAGUUUCUUUGAUCCCUCACUGAUGAAACCUGACGGAUUUACGGGAUUGAGUGAAGAAAACACAUUGACACAACAACAGGGUGGCAUAAUGAACCAGGACAAGCCUCAAACCAAUCGUGCCACUAAUAAUCUUGGUUCACUGGAAGAAUUUGUCACUUCAAUGAAGAAACAGAAACAAGAGAAUGCAAUAGUAUUGGAAGGAUACUUCUGUGACAACAAUUACUCUGAUGGGACAUCUAUGUGA